GUUCACUCUUUCAUUUCAACCUUUUCAAAUUUGUAAUCAUGAUCAAGAUAAUAGGCAUUUCUUGGAAAAGGGGGUACAUUGCUAUAAAAUUGAUCAAAAUAUGAUUUUUAACCAUUUUUAUUUCAUUCUCACGUCUUUAUCCAGGGAUAAUGGUUAUGUUCUUUUGCUUCAUGUUUUUGGAAUUAGCUGAGAAGUAUGGACUUUAAAAAUUGAAUUAAUUGGUUUGAAUAUAAAUCUAUAGAAUUCUAUUGCUGUCAUUAGUAGAAGAUUAGAACAUGGUUCUUUAUAUCUAUCUUGGAUAGUAAAUAAGACAUUGAACUCUUUUUAUUGCUUUAUUAUGAUAAAAAGGAGAUAGAUCUGAAUCAAGCAGUAAUCCUGUAUUAAGAAACUGGUUUCAUAUGUAGUGCAUAUCCUUUGGUACCUAUUUACUCUGUUAAUUUCUAUUUUUACCCUAAGGAAUGGAAGGUGGAACUAAGAAUUGGUGGAUGUUUUCCAAAUGGAGUGAUGAAUAUGAACAAGGAGUCGACGAAUAUGUCAAAAGGGCUUUUUCUAUUAAGUCUCAAGGAAAUCAAAUCUGUUGUCCCUGUCAAAUUUGUCAUUAUCGUUUUUGGCUGUGUGAAGGUGUGGUAAGAGACCAUCUAAUUUGUAAUGGUUUUGUUCCAAGAUCGGAUAAGUUAUCAGACUUAGGGUUCAAUAUCCAAAGAGAAGAAACUAUUUUGGAUAAUGAUGAAGGGUCAAUCCCAAAUGACUCUAGCGAUGACGUAGUGAGGUUGUUGCAUGAUGCACGUGAUGCUUUUAGAGAGGGGCCAAAUGAUGAGGCAAAAAAGUUUUUGAGGUUAGUUGAAGAAGGGCAAGAAGAAUUGUAUCCUGGUUCCAAAUAUCACUUAAAAAUUUCCUUCAUGAUUCGACUUUUUAUUUUGAAGUGUGAUCAUAAUCUCACCAAUGCCGCAUUUGGAGAUAUAUUGGAGCUUAUAAGGGAGGUGUUGCCUAAUGCAAAGUUGCCAACUUCUUUCAAUGAAGCGAAAAGUGUUUUGAAAGUGUUGGGGUUGGAUUAUACAAAGAUUGAUGCAUGUCCAAACGAUUGCAUAAUAUAUUGGGAAGAGCAUGAAAAUGCAACAAGCUGCCAUGUUUGUAAAACACGAAGAUGGAAAUCAAAGGACAAAGAGGAUGACAUAGAAAAUGGUAAAGGAAAGACCUAUAGGAUUCCUCAAAAGAUUCUUAGGUACUUUCCGAUAAAGAAAAAUCUUCAACGACUAUUUAUGUGUCAAGAGACGGUGAGAUACAUGACUUGGCAUGCGAAUGAUCAUCUUUUACACCAUCCAGCUGACGGUCAAGCUUGGAGGGAAUUUGAUUCCUUGUACAAAGAGUUUUCUGAUGACCCGCGCAAUGUGAGGCUAGGACUAGCCACAGAUGGCUUCAACCCGUUCAACUCAAUGAGUAUUGUACAUUGUACUUGGCCAGUUAUGUUGAUCAAUUACAACUUGCCUCCUUGGAUGAUUAUGAAGCCUGAGUAUUUGAUGUUAGCACUACUAAUUCUGGGUCCUUCUUCCCCAGGCAAUGACCUUGACAUAUAUUUGCAACCACUAAUGAAGGACUUGAAGGAUUUGUGGGAGUUCGGACUGGAAACUUAUGAUGCUUCGAGUAACCAGAGGUUUCACAUGCAUGUAGCAUUGAUGACUAUUGUGAGUGAUUUUCCUGCUUACGGGAUGUUAUCUGGCUGGAGCACAAAAGGAUACUUGGCGUGCCCUGAGUGUCAUUAUGAAUUAGAUUCUGAGUGGUUGCCUUAUAGUGGUAAGAAUGUGUAUAGGGCAAAUUGUAAAUUUUUACCUCCAUUUCACCCUUGGCGUCGUGAUAAGAGGAAUUUUGAUGGGAAAGUUGAGGAAAGACAUUAACCUACUCCAUUGAAUGAAAUUGAUGUAGCUAAUCUGUUGCGUGAUUUUCCAAAUGAAUUUGGAAAUAAGAAAAAGAAACCAAGACAUGUUGUUGAUGAUCUGAAUCCGUGGAAAAAGAGGUGUCAUUUUCUUCGAGUUACCAUAUUGGAAGCAUUGUCUUAAUCGUCACAACCUCGAUGUAAUGCAUAUUGAGAAAAUGUGUUUGAUAGUGUCAUUGGGACAUUGUUAGACAUUUCUUAAAGGACCAAGGAUCAUGUGAGUGCUCGUCGAGAUUUGGUAGAGCUUAAUUUGAUGCUGGAGCUUCAAUUAAGAGAAUUGGAAGAUGGUGGCGAAGAAUUUCCAAGAUCCCGCUUUUGGAUGUCAUUGGAGCAAAAACGUAAGUUCUGCCAAGUCUUCAAAAAUGCCAAACUUCCUUAAGGCUAUGCUUCUAACAUUGGUCGAUGUGUACAAGUUGGGGAAAGGAAAAUUGCAGGCUACAAAAGCCACGAUGCAUAUUUUAUGAUGAAUUAUUUGCUCCCAAUUGCAGUGAAGACAACAUUAUCCAAAGAUGUUGUUACUCCUUUGAUUAGGCUUUGUGCUUUUUUAAAAAGUAUAUGGAGUAAAACUGUUGAUCCUCAACAUCUUGGAAAAUUGCAAUCUGAGAUAGUUGAAACAUUAUGCCUACUUGAGAGGGUUUUUCCACCUGCCUUUUUUGAUAUAAUGGUACAUCUACCUCUACACUUGGUGGGCCAAAUUAAGUUGGGUGGACCUGUAAGUUCAAGGUGUAUGUAUGGGAUUGAGAGGUAUCUUCAUGGACUGAAGCAAGAUGUUCGAAAUAAAGCUCGUCCAGAAGGCUCAAUGGCAGAAGGAUAUCUAGCCAAAGAAUGUGUUGCCUUUGUAGCUAGAUUUUUGAAAGGAUCAAACUCGGCCACACCUUAGGUUAAUGCUUGUAGUACAUCACAAUCAUUUCUUCCUAAGGUAGGACGUCCAAUAAAAGGGAAAGGAAGGACAUCAAAGAAAAAAGACCGUGAACACAUACUUGAUCACAAUCAAUGGGUACAAGCGCAUUGUUAUGUCUUGUUCAAUUGUGACUGCGAGGAAGUUGAGAAAUAUAUAAGGUUAGAUUACCAACCAAAAUGUAGUUUCUUUUCUUUUUCUCUUGGUUUUCAAUGUGUUUUAUUUGUAGUGUUAAUAAAGUAAUCUUUUUAUAUUUCAUAGUGAGCAUAAGGAAUUUGUAAGCUCUAGAGGAAAAAGGAAAUGGAAAAGCGUUCAAGAUCACAGCAAGGAUUUUGUGGAUUGGUUUAGGGAGAAAGUUGAUUUCAUUGUUGAAGAGGGUCAAGACAUCAUCCCUAACAAUAUCAUAUGGUUAUCAAAAGGGCCUUCUUACAUUGCUAAAAAGUAUACAGGGUACUCAGUCAAUGGUUAUAGGAUCCAUACCAUGAAGCGCGAUGCUAAUUGUGUAACUCAAAAUAGUGGAGUCACUCUAACGGCCAUGACACAUAGCUUUGCGAGUUCCAAAGAUCAAAAUCCUAUUGAGGCUAAUGUCAAUUAUUAUGGUUCAAUAACAGACACCAUUUCAAUAUCUUACCAUGACUACUUUUGUGUCGUCUUAUUUAAGUGUGUGUGGUUUCACUCUGAAAAAGAUGAUGAUGAGCUUGUAAUGAUUAAUAUGUGUAAGACGAUUUCUAAAGAAGAACCAUUUAUCUUGGCAUCUCAAGCACAUCAAGUGUUUUAUGUUGAAGAUCUUAAUAGAGAUGGUUGGCAUUAUGCUGUUCAAAUCCCUCCUAGAGAGCUUUCUGAUGAUGAAGGGGAGUAAAGCAAAAGCUUCUGAUUCCCAAAGUCAGCUUCCAGACUAUGAGUUACAAAGGCUCCAAAAAUUGAAGUAUAAUGAUGAAAGAAUGUCAGCCCAAGGAUCGGGAUCCUUGGCGAAUAAGAUACUACAACAAAAAACACGCGACAUACUUUGUUCGAGUGUGAGGCAGACAGAAAGAUCCAUAUGAUGGCUCCUCAGGAGACUCUGAUAUGGAACAUGAUACUCUUGGUAUUGGAAAAAGACAAGUAUGUGAAAAGGUCUCUUCUCAACAACAUCCAGUUCCCACAUGGGAAAUUCAAAGGAAGCAGCAAGAACAGCAAUUGGGGUCAACAAAGGCACAUGUGAAGAAAAGAGCGUUCUGUUCUCCUGGCUCAAUGUCAGCGUACCUCGAGUUUUGAAAAUGACAAAAAGAUGAAGCGCUGAUGAUGAGCAGUGAGAUGCCUGAACAAGGGCAAAAUUAUGAUGAUGAGCAGUUAAAUGAGACCGCUGAUGCUCUUCAGGAAGAUUGUGAGGGCAAUGAAGCAGCGGACCGAGCAGUUGUAGCACAGUUUGGAAUGGAAGAAAAUUCUCGCAAAUUCUGGGAAGCAAAACCACUUUGAAGAUUUUUGAAGAACUUGAAGAACUUUUUGAAGAACAAAAUAGCAUCCGGGGUUUCACUGGAAUUUGAAGAUCUUUUUUUGUAAAUUUUUUGGUUUUUUUUUUUCAGAUUUUGAUUUUAGAUUUGUAUAUGUUUUUUUUUUUGUUUUUUUUUCGGAUUUUGUUCUUCAAUUUGUAGGUUAGAUCUGUUUUUUUUAUUUGUAUAUAUUCAAUUUUUCUGUAUAUUAGAUUUGUUCAAUUCGACGAACUCAAUUUUCCUCUCCUCUCAUUUUUUUAUGAUUUAUUUCGGUUUUUUUUUUUUAAUUCUGGGUGGGGGUUCGAUUUUCUGGGUUUUCAAGUUCCUGGGUUUUUGAUUUCUGGGCUUGUGGGUUAGGGUGUGGGUGGGUGUGGGGGUGGUGGGGGUG